AUGGAGCCCCCGGGCAUGCCCAAAGAUCUUUCCGGCUGUCCUGCCUACAUCAAAGAUGGCAAGGAGCCUGGCUCGACAUCCCCAGCUGACAAGUCUGUGGCAACUUUGACUCCCAAGCCUGAUGACUCUGCGGCAAACAAUGAAAAUGAAGACGACCGGAUGACCGCUAUCGUGGAUCUGAUGGAACCAAAGAAGAAAAAGAAGACCAAAAGAAAGCCCAAGAGCAAACGUGGAUUAAACAAGCCUACUGGGUUUGAGGAAUACUCGGCCGACGCGCCUAUGACACCGGAGCAAUUUGAAGAAGAGAAGAGUAUCUAUGAUUCUUCGCGACCACUCAUUCAUCGGAUCGAAGAUGCCCUCCUGCGCUACAUGAAGAACCGCCGCAUUGAGAGUGACCGACGCCAUGUUUUUAUGAAGUAUUUAUCAUACGGUGGCGUGGAAGUCGGCCCUAAUAUGUUUGCCGGCGUGGAUGAACAGGACAUGAAGGAAAUGGACAAAGAGCAGAUUCUGGUCACCAGGGCUCAAACAAGCAUCGACAACGACAAGCUGAACUUGCCUGUUGACUUUGAUGCUGUGGUCAGAGGCUACUUGACUUCUUACUUCCCAUAUUUCUUCAACCCCGAAACCGAAGAAAUGGUCAAACUGGCAACAGUCACGAUCCGCAACUUCUUGUCCUAUCUUCUCUACCAUGAUGUCUGCUCGGAGUACAAGGAAAAUAUCGACGCGGCCAGGAAGUCGUGUGAUAUUGCGUCUAAGGAGCUCUGGGAAAACCAGCAAUUCACAGCCAAGGCACCUGGUGACUUCAACGCGGCCUGUUCCACCCUCUUUGGAGGCUUUCUCUAUAAUCAUUACGUCGAAGAUGACAAGUGGAAGAAUCCAAAAGAUAAAGGCGUGCGGAUGACCAAAGAUAUUGCUCGUAAAGUGGUCAAGUUCGCUCUGGCUGGUGCUGGCUCCAACGAACAGGCACGGCGAUUCCGAGACCUUGCAAACGACAACGAACUUCGUGCACUGCUCGUUGAAGAUAUCCACGGGUUUGAAAUCACGGCCAUAUUUCCUAUUGAGACUGACGUCAAGACAUUCUAUCAGGAGUACGCUCCCGAUCUGCACCCUGUCGGAAGACUAACUGCUAGAGCAUAUUUUGAUCCCGGCAAGCCGAUGUAUGAUCUGAGCCCCGAGGAACUUCUGGAGUGGGAGAGCGGCAACAUACAGAUGCCUGAGUUUGAGUUCUUUCUGGAGGAGAAUUUGCUCAAGCAUUGCUAUCCUGGAAUGAGAGUGAUUACUUCGGUGUGGGAGCUGAACUGCGGGUUGCAUUUCUUCGAGGAUAUUCAGACCACCUACAGUUCAAUCUACACGGUUCUUUGCAACGAUCUCAUGCUGGGAUGGAAGAAACCAAGGGAUCUGACGGCCGGAGAGGAUGACGAGGAUGACGAAGAUGCUGGCGAGGGUGCUGGCAAAUAUUCUGGCAAAAUCAACGGCGGGAAUGCAGGAAAUGUCGAGGCGACCAUGUGA